UGCUCUGGAGGCUCUCAUUAACUUUGCGUACAGUGGUCAUGUUGCCAUCGACCAGCAGAACGUUCAGGCUCUUCUCAUUGGCUCCAGCUUCCUGCAGCUCCAGAAUGUUAAAGAAGCCUGUUGUUCUUUCCUUCAGGACAGGUUACAUCCUAAGAACUGUCUGGGCGUGCGACAGUUUGCUGAAACCAUGAUGUGCACGACUUUGUACGACUCAGCCAACACCUUUCUGCACCAGCACUUUGUGGACGUGUCUCUGUCUGAGGAGUUCCUGAAUCUGAGGACAGAGGAGCUUCUGGAGCUGGUGGGCUGUGAUGAGCUCAAUGUGAAGGCUGAGGAACAGGUGUUUGAGGCAGUGCUUUCCUGGGUUCAUCAAGACCGGGACCACAGGAAGAGUCUGCUACCAGAGCUACUAUCAAAGAUCAGACUUCCUCUUUGUCGCCCUCACUUCCUGUCAGACCGAGUCCAGCAGGACGAACUGAUACGCUGCUGCCACAAAUGCAGAGACUUGGUAGAUGAAGCCAAAGAUUUCCACCUAAUGCCAGAGCGGCGUCCUCACCUGCCCGACUAUAAGACCAGACAGAGAUCUUGCACAUCCAUUUCAGGACUUAUUUAUGCAGUGGGAGGACUGAACAGCUCAGGUGACUCUUUAAACGUGGUGGAGGUUUUUGAUCCGGUGGGAAACUUCUGGGAGCGCUGUCAGCCAAUGAGAACAACUCGUAGCAGAGUGGGUGUAGCUGUUGUUAAUGGGCUGCUGUAUGCUAUUGGUGGAUACGAUGGCCAAUCACGGCUCAGCACAGUAGAGGUGUACAACCCAGAGACAGAUAGCUGGGCACAGGUGUCAAGCAUGAACAGCCAGCGCAGUGCCAUGGGAACCGUUGUGAUUGACGGACGCAUCUACGUGUGUGGUGGCUACGAUGGGAAGUCUUCUCUGAACUCAGUCGAGUGUUACUUUCCAGAAACUGACAGGUGGAUGUUUGUGACGGACAUGAGCGUGAGCCGCAGUGCUGCUGGCGUGACUGUGUUUGAUGGGCGGAUCUUUGUGUCUGGUGGCCAUGACGGUCUGCAGAUCUUCAACACAGUGGAGUACUACAACCAUCACACAGAUAGCUGGCACCCAGCGGCGGCCAUGCUGAACAAGCGAUGCCGUCACGGUGCGGUGGCUCUGGGCAGCCACAUGUAUGUGGCGGGCGGAUAUGACGGCUCGGGCUUCCUGAGCAGCGUGGAGAUGUUCAGCUCUGCCUCUGCUCAGUGGAGCCUCCUGGUGGCCAUGAACACGCGUCGCAGCAGGGUGUCACUCGUGUCCACGGCGGGGCGCCUGUACGCCGUGGGCGGGUACGAUGGCCAGUCUAAUCUCAGCUCAGUAGAAAUGUACAACCCCGACACCAACCGCUGGACCUUCAUGACCCCCAUGGUGAGUCAUGAAGGCGGGGUCGGUGUCGGCUGCGUCCCCCUGCAGCCUGCCUAGAUGCACCAAUCACAACAAAG